ACUCACUUGUGGCCAGGGCAUAUUUUCCACUUUACAGUACGAUUAGCUUACUUCACGUCUAAACUCAUCAGUCAGGGCGUGGUACAGCACAUACGUUGCUCUUCCUACACUCGCACAUCUUCCUGAAUCUUCGCGCCUGCUACUCCUCGGAACUCAGAAAAACGUCUAGAAAAUAAAGCCUGUGGGAAGUGCAGGAAUAUAAAACAUCCUGUGGAGAAGUUGGAGCUGACAGACGGAGAUGCUGCUGAACGGCCUGCUCAUUGCCCUUCAUGUUCUUUGUCUCUCUGCAUCAUCACAUGCUGCAGCAGGGUCCACGUUCCUGAUUACGUCUCCCUUAGACAUACGUCCAGGAUCAAAUUUUAUUAUCGGAAUUGACAUUCUACCAGAGAGCCCACCUUUAGUAAAAAUUGAAGCUGAAAUCCAAAAGGAUAAUGCUACACUACUUCAAGGGGAAGGACUGUUUCACAAUGGAUCCAUUGGCACACUGGUUCUUCCACAACUUCCACUGAAUAGCUUUUAUGGGAAAUAUGAUCUUCAUGUCAGAGGAUUUUCUGAGGGCAAAAUUAUAUUUUUCAAUACGAAAUCUCUUGAUUUCAAAUCCAAAAGUUUUUCUGUCUUCAUUGAAACAAACAGCGUCUUUUACAAACCUGCCCAAGAAGUGAAGAUUCGAAUUGUGACCUUUUCUGCUGACCUGAAGCCGUACACAUCUACCAUAGAUAUACACGUUAUGGAUCCACAUGGAAACUUAAUUGAGCAAUGGCUGGAGGAGAAAGCUGAGUUAGGAGUUGUAUCAAAUAGUUUCCAGCUAAGUGAUAAUCCAAUACUUGGAGAUUGGUCAAUAAAAGUAAAAUUACAUCACCAGCUUCAUUAUCAAACCUUUACUGUAGCCCAAUAUGUUCUACCGAAGUUUGAAGUUGUGCUAAACACACCCUCACAUUAUUCGAUAAAGAGUGCGUUGUUAGAAGGUGACGUCACAGCAAAAUAUACCUAUGGAAUGCCAGUAAAAGGAAAGCUGACUGUUACCUUAUUGAAUACAGCUGUUUAUCAGAGGAAAAACAAUAUCACCAAAAAUUUUGAGAUAAACGGUUAUUUAAAGUUUAGCUUCACUAAUUUAGAGAUGAAGAAGCUUCUAAGCUAUGAGCAUACACCAUCUGAUUCUGUAGCUACAACUUUCAGUGGUCCCGUCGAUGUUGUAGUCAUGGUCACAGAGGAUCUUACAGGUGUUACACAGAAUCAAUCUUCAAGUAUAUAUGUUAUUGUCAAAGAGUACUACGUUGAUUUUUACAACUAUCCUACAGUAUUGAAACCUAUGCUUAACUUCACUACAUAUCUUAGGCUCCGGAGAUAUGAUGGAAGAGAACUGACAGCAGAAGAGAGAGAGAAUGAUGUUUCUGUGACAGUAACUCAAUCAAAAAUGUUUUUUACUGAAGGAAAAUUCAACAAAAUGCUACCAGAUGAGAACAUGGAAUUAGAACAGUUUCAGACUUACUCUGUUCCAGAAAAUGGCAGAAUUCACAUGGAAAUACCUAUACAUUCUGAUACAAUUCAUUUAAAAAUAAAGGUAUCAUUUUUGGACAGUGUGAACUCUAUUGUUGUUGAUGAUUUAUUUACCUCACCAAAUAAAAUGUAUCUUCAGAUAGAAAAUACAAACCAGGACAUAAAGGUUGGCAUGCCGUUUACCCUAGAAGUAAAGAGCAAUGUCCCCUUGGAUGAAAUAAAAUAUCUGGUUGUCUCCCGAGGUCAGAUUGUUAGUGUUGGUAAAGGUAACUCAACGUCUCUAACACUGAAUCCUAAGAGCUCAUGGACUCCUGAGGCAUGCUUAAUUGUUUAUCAUGUAAUGAGGAAUGGCACAAUUACAAAUGAUGUUACAACCCUCUAUAUUCAACCCAACUUUGAAAACAAGAUUUUCAUUUCAUGGAACAAAGUACAAGCCAAUCCAUCUGAUAAGGUGUCUCUCAUGAUCAACGUUACUGAGCCAAAUUCACUGGUCGGACUUUCUGUCAUAGACAAAAGUGUGAAGUUAUUGGGAGAUAGGCAAGAACUUACUACAAAACGGAUAUCAGAUGAAUUGAGAGAUUACAGCACAACCAGUCCAGGGUUUAUUACUAAUUCGUUCCAUGUUUUUGAGAGAUGUAAUAUUGGGGUGUUUACUGAUGCCAUUCUUGAGCAGGAAGAUGCUUAUGAUAUAUUGGUUAAAACACAUUAUGAUGCUGAGAAAGACAUAUCAACCUGGCAUCCUUUUAAUUUUGGUGACCCUCGUAUCAGAUCUUCUUUUCCAGAGACGUGGAUUUGGAAAAAUAUUAACAUGGGAAGUGAAACAUUUGUAGUAAUAGACUCUGUUGUACCAGAUACCAUUACUUCAUGGAUCACAAAUGCGUUUGUGAUUUCAGAGAAUUUGGGGUUUGGAAUUUUGGAAUCUCCUUUGCAGCUGGAAUCCUUUCAGCCAUUCUUUGUUUCCUUGAAUCUUCCCAGUUAUAUUACCAGAGGAGAACAAUUUGUCUUGGAAGUUGUUGUCUUCAACUAUUUGGAAGACGAUACUGAGGUUUCUGUAACCCUUGAUGGAAGUGAUUCAUUUGAAAUCCAGUUAGCUGUGCUAAAUUCAACUGGAAGCCAACAGACUAUAUCAGUCCCAAGUCAGGAAGGAAAAAUAGUUUUCUUUCCAAUCAAACCAAUUCAGCUGGGCGAGAUUCCAAUUAUUGUUAAAGCAACAUCCUCACUUGCUUCAGAUGCAGUAACUCAAAAGUUGCUAGUUAAGCCUGAAGGAAUAGAACAUUCUUAUUCACAAACUUUGCUCUUGGAGCUGAUCAACAAUAAACCACAAACCAUUUCAACAGCUUUGAACUUUACAUUCCCUCCUGAUGUAGUACGUGGCAGUGAGAAGGCACUUAUCUCUGUUGUUGGUGAUAUUCUGGGACCUUCUAGUAGCAACUUGCAGACACUAAUUCAGCUGCCUACCGGAUGUGGUGAACAGAAUAUGAUCAGAUUUGCCCCUUGCAUCUUCAUAUUGGAAUAUUUAACUAAUACAAGACAGCUAAAUGAACUUGCUCCUAAACUGAUUUCUUACAUGAAAGAAGGUUACCAGAGAGAACUGAUCUAUCAAAGAGAAGAUGGGUCUUUUAGCGCAUUUGGAAAUGAUGAUCCUUCUGGAAGUACAUGGUUGUCUGCAUUUGUCCUGCGUUGUUUUCUAAAAGCACGGCAGUUUAUAUUAGUCGACCCUGUAGUGCUUCAUGAUACUCUUACAUGGCUUCUAAAGCACCAGAAGAAAAAUGGUGAAUUUUGGGAACCCGGAAGAGUAAUAAGCAGUCGACUGCAAGGAGGCGUUUAUAGUCCAGUUACUUUGACUGCGUACGUAAUGGCUGCUCUCAUUGAAUAUCCUGGACUCCUGAAUUCAUCUCAAAUAACAGCUUCUACAAAUUACUUGGAGUCUCAAAUGAAUGAAGUCAUCUCAGAUAACUACACUCUUAGUCUUGUGACGUAUGCACUGUCAUUGGUUGGAAGGAACAAAGCUAAAGAAGGUCUAGACCUUCUAAAUAACAGAGCAGAGCACACAGGUACUUUACGGUUCUGGAAAUCUCAUGUCCAAACAGUGCCUAAUUGGUGGCAACCAAGCUCAACAGAUAUAGAAGUAGCAUCAUAUGUCCUUUUGUCACAUGUAAUUCAGAAUCGUGUUGCUGAGGGGAUAGCAGUGAUGAAAUGGUUAAGUCAACAGAGAAACUACCUUGGAGGAUAUUCUUCUACCCAGGAUACUAUAGCAGCUUUGCUGGCAAUGUCUUCUUUUGCAUUCAAGUAUCCUGUCAGUAAACCGGAAUUACACAUCUCAGUGGAAGGAAACCAGAUGAAUUCUCCUACAAGUUUUAGAAUCAAUCCUCAAAAUCACCUGAUGCUUCAAACUAAACAGAUUACUGCUGGUGAAGAUAUCAGUGUUACAGUUAAUGCAGAGGGAGCUGGAUUUGCCAUAUUACAGCUUCACGUCAUCUAUAAUGUGAGAAAUUCUGUUUACCACAGAACACGUAGAUCUACUGCAAGUAAAGAGUUUUUUGAUUUAGGAGUUACUGUGCAUGAUAAGAAAAAUAUUAACGCUGUUACUUUAAAUGUGUGCACAAGAUACUGUGAAGUGGAAUCACGUGUUCAAACUGGAAUGGCUCUUUUACAAGUAGACUUACUCAGUGGCUUCACUUUGGCUCCAGAGGGUAUUUUAGUGAAACAUCCAGUUAAAAAAGUGGAAAAUGAUAAUGGCAAAGUCAAUAUUUAUUUUGAUUCUCUGAAUCAAACAGAAGUGUGCUUGGAUAUUCCUACUAUACGGGAUUCAUAUGUUGGCUAUACACAAGAUGCUUUUGUGACUGUCAUUGAUUACUAUGAGCCGGGAAGAAGGGCAUUAAGAAGCUAUAAUUCAGAAGUAAUGCAGAAGAUGUCCCCUUGUUCAUUCUGUAAAGAUGAAUGCAGCACUUGCUUAGAUAACAGUGCAUUUCAACCAUCAUCUGCCAAACAUCUUUCCUUAGUGUUAGUCAUAUUACAUGUGGCAUUCCUAUAAUCACGUACUGUACAAUAAUAGCACUGUUACAUUUUUGUGUAUGGAACACAAGUUGAUAUACUAUGGCACAAUACUGUAUAUGUCUUUCUUUAUGACUUACAGAACACAAAAAGUUGUAAAUGUUUUCAUAGAUGCAAAGUUCAUCAUUGGUUUGGAAUCGGAUACGCAAUAUUAUGUAACAAUAUUUUACUGCUUUCUGCUAGAUUUAUUUUAUAUCACAUUUUUCCAUAAACUUCAUAUAAAUAGUCAUCUAUAACCAGUAUGUUAGAGAGAAAAACAUUUAUUGCAGCACAAAUCAUUUUUCACUAUUAACAAUAGUCCUGCAGAUAUUGCUGAGCUUUUUUUUAUUAUUAUUACCUCUUUUUUUUCAUUAUUUAUCUAAAAAUACUGCCUGAUAAAUUGAUAUGUUUGACAACUAAAAUGAAAAAGUAAAUUUCAUGAAAAGUUGCUAGGACACAAAGAAAAUAUUGGUCGCAGAAUUAAUGAAUUUGUUUGAGUUCAUACUGCUGAAUAAAACCUUUCUGUAACCAUGUUUCCCAUGCUCUGCAGACAACACAAUGGCAUAAUGAUUACUAAUGAACUUCAUCAAUAGUCAUGAGGCAUGAUCAGUAAUGAGGUACUAGUUUAUAGUGAAUUAAUGCAUUAUCCUUGUUAAUAUUGGCUCAGCCCUCAAAUCACUUUAUUUAUUUUUAACCGUUCAACUUAUCUUUAGCAAACUAAAUAAAACUAAACUAUAAGAAUAAAUCCUAGAACUGGCUAGAAUGGUUCUGAGGUUUUGUAAUAUUACUUUAUUUUAGGGCAAUUUAGUUUUCCUUUUUUUAAAGUGCACUUUUCCAUUCUUUGAAGUAAAUGGAGUCUACGGCAAGAAUGCGUUUAAAUAUAGAAUUUUUCUUGCGUUCUAGUGUGAUUACUAGGCUAAGCAAAACGUUAUUGGCUUCUGUGAUUUUUAUGAUUUAGGAACCUAAUAGAUAAUGUGUGUGUGUGUGUGUGUGUGUGUGUGUGUGUGUGAGUGUGUGUGUGUGUGUGUGUAUUAGAGUUGCACAUAAGUGAAUUUAGGCAUUAUGUUGCAGUUCACGUAAAAUGAGUUACAUUACACCAGUAUUUUCACCUGCACAUAAAGGGUGGAAUUCAAAUGUUUGAAAAGUCGGUUGGGUGUCUGUUUUUUCCUGUCUAUUAGAUAGGAAAAAACAGACUCCCAACUGACUUUUCAAAUAUUUGAAUCUCCCCCAAAGGAUCUGACCGUUACAGUCCCUUGUGCUUAGGGAGGGGGAUCAGGAGCAUUCACAUUCUUGUCCACUGCUCUAAAGGUACAGGUGACACUUAAGCACAUCCCUUUCAAAUGUAUCUAUGUUGGGUUACAUCUAAUGUAUCUCUGAAAUGUAUUUCAUACCAAUAUUUGCGCGUAUACAAGAUGGGUGCAGGGUUUGAUUUGAUGCUAAUGACUACUAGAUUUCUGUUCAAUACACAUCUAAAUACCAGCUCUAAUGUUUCACGCGCAUAUUUGUGCAAGAGGCAAAUGCAGGAUUUGUAGAAGUGGUUUCCAAAUUAUUGAUAUAGGAACAAAAAUACUUUCUGCUAUAAUAAUGAAAGCGGAAAAAGUACUUUAAACCACUUUUGUUAAAUCAUAAGUAAGAACCAUACAGUAGAUCUGAGCUACAGAACAAUAACAGCGCACAUUUUGUUGAAGCUAAAGCUCAUUAACACACAGACAGAACCCCAUAAAAAUGAAUCAAACUGCAGAGAAAAGUGUAAAUGUAUCAAACUUUUUAAAGAAUGAAGUAGCCCAUAGUAACCAGUGACAAACGAUAGGGAAGGUGCAAGUUUCAAUGGUACGACCGAUGGUGAUUUCUAAAGACGCACCAGGUGGUAUUACAGCUUCUAUAGGCACUCAAAGUUGGUGUCUCAGUCCUUGCACAGAAAGGUACACCAGGUAAGGGCUUGGUAGCAAACUGCAUAGACACGGAUGCGGCUGUAUUCACCUCUAAAUAAGGCCCUUUCUGCACAUGUAUAAGCAGGCAUUUUUAUGUACAGCACUAAAUUGCCCAUAUGAACUUAACAACUCCCAAACACAAAAGGCCUAUAUUAAAACCCAAUAGAGCAGUAUCACAAAGAAGAAAUUAGAGGUCUACAAUCCACUUGAUGCUAUAUGUGGUUUUGAUUAACAGAGCACAAUUUUAUAUAGAAUUUGAUCUAUAUUAGCAGAAAGUUCUGUUGAGGUUGACUCAGAAGUGCUUGUAUAUUUUCCUCAUUAAAAUACUGUUUUUCUAUUUG